UAUCUUCAGCUGUUUUGAAAAUGAUAAGUAAAACUGGAAUUUCAGCAUCGCUGAUUAGGAUCGCCCGUGUCCGAAUCACCUUACAUAAUGGCCAAGCGAGAGACUUGGAAGCAAAUGCGGCAGAUCUUUGUCCAGGCGGUGGAUGCAGUGCAUCCCGGGAAGAUAUUCGCCGACUUUCAAAAGUUCGAUUUGCGGCCCCAAAUCGGUGAGAACCCAAAGGAUAUCACCAUAAAACUGAAUGGAGAGCGGCAGGAUAUCAGCGGGAAGACCUGCCACAUCGUGGGAUUCGGCAAAGCAGUCCUGGCAAUGGCCAACAAAGUGCAUCAGGAUCUGGGAGCCUGCUCAGCCGGCGGAGUCCUUAGUGUCCCGGUAAACACUCUCAAGCAGUUCCAGCACCACAUUGCAUCUGGUUUGACUGUCCACGAAGGAGCAGCCAACAAUCUGCCGGAUGAGGCUGCUCUUAAGGCUGCCCAGGAGAUCAGGCAGCUAGCCGAGAAGAUGACGCCCCAGGACAUACUCUUCGUUUUCAUCUCUGGCGGUGGUUCUGCACUUUUGCCCUUGCCACGACCACCUUUGACCUUGGAGGAUAAGCGCAGCAUUGCGGAUAAGCUGAUGAAGCGAGGAGCCAGCAUCCAGGAGAUUAAUGCUGUGAGGAUCGCCUGCUCGGACAUCAAGGGCGGUCGCUUGGCCAGAUUCGCCAGCCAGGCAGGACUCCUGGUGACCUUUGUCCUCAGCGACAUCAUCGGAGAUCCCCUGGAGCUGAUUGCCUGUGGUCCCACCAUCCAACCCGUGGCCGGAGAAUCACCAUCCAUCAUCCUCAAGAAGCAUCAGGUGUGGGAGGAGCUCUCCUCGGAGGUACAGCAGGUGUUUGAGGUGCCAGAAGAGCCGGCUAACCAAUUUCUACCCGAGCACAAGGUCUUUGUGGUGGGCAGCAAUGUGAUAGCUACUUCUACAGCUGCCGAGGAGGCCGAAAAACUGGGCUACAUUCCCUGUGUGCUCAGUUGCGCCGUUCAAGGAGAUGUGGCUCAAGUGGCUGGCGACUAUCAGAGAUUGCUGCAUGGAAUCCAGGAAGCCAAGCAGCAGGGCAUACGGGAUUCGGCGCUCAGGGAGAAUUAUGCCUUUGGAGAGAGGAGUUACCCAAUUUUCAGGAGGGCCCUAGAAGAGCACCUAAGCAGCAAGAAGCCGCUGUUUCUGAUCUGUGGAGGCGAGCCAGUCAUUAAAGUCACUGGCCAGGGAUUGGGUGGCCGGAGUCAGCACUUGGCGCUGCUAAUGUCGCAGGCUCUGCACCGCGACGAGGCCAUCAGGGAUUGCACCUUCCUGAGCGCUGGAACCGAUGGCAUCGACGGGCCCACCGAUGCAGCCGGAGCCAUUGGAGACAGCAGCGUGGUGGAGUCCUAUCUGGGUGAUCACACCCUCGACGAACUGGCCGAAACGCUGAGAAACUGCGACAGCUACAACUUCUACAAGAAUCUCGCGCAGGGCGAGCACCAUGUGCUCACUGGACACACGGGUACCAAUGUGAUGGAUCUGCAUUUCCUGGUCGUGCCUUAGUCUGUAACGCCCCCGCCCAUUAACACAUAUAACAUAUAGCACAUAUAGAUGUGGGGCAGUUCGUUAAUGGAGCUGCUCUUGAACCGCAGACGGGCAAUAGUCGUUUAAAUUUGUUUUUACGAUUUUCCUCUUUAAUUUUGCUCUAUGAAAUUUUUACGACUUUUUUCAUUAACAUUUUUAAUAUCCAUUCAAAUUCAAAUAAUUUUGUGAUCUUUAUGCUCUGAGACGGUCUUCAGUGACAGCAUAAAAUGGCAAUUAGCUUUCGUCUCCGGUUAUGAAAUCAGCCUGGAAUUGUCUUGAUUGUAAUUAUGUGCCAGGCGAAAUAACAUCGAAACGAACGACAGAUGUGAUAAAUCAAUUUGUAUAUGCGAUCACCGCAGAGCAUAAAUAUAUAUAUCUGAGUAAUUUCCAUUUAAUUUCCAUUUCUUUUGUACUGCGUCUCAUAAAAAUGCGCUGCUAAUAAAUCAUCUUAAUUGUUCGAAACGCCAAAGGCAAACAGUAGCCAGCGAGCAACUACAACAAUAGCCAGCGAUAAUUGCAAUUAAAAAUGUAAAUUUA